ACGAUCCAAUACAAUAUAGCAGCUGCUUCAGUUUUUAUUGAUCAAACAGAACAUCGACACGACGACGCCAAGAAAGAGUAUCGAGUGCUUCUGCCUCUCUCUGUGUGUCAAGGAAAUCCUCGAAAGAAUCAAUGAGGGAAGAAGGAAUUAGCUCAUCGGGGGACCCAUUCCUUUCCCCGAAUUCUCCUCAUCCUCCUCUUCCCCCUCCUCCUACCGCUGCUGCAAGUUCGGCUGGGGCAUCAUCACCAGCUGUUGCCAUCAAUGGUGGAAGUACAGAUUGGUUGGGUCAUGGUCAGGGAUCCAAAGCAGGUUCUUUAUCUCGCAUUAGUUCACAGCCCAUGUGGAUCUCAUUGAGCACAAGUGCUCAUGGUUCAGCUCUUGGCUCCUCUCAACCUUCAUGUAGACCAUGGGAAAGGGGUGAUCUUUUAAGAAGAUUGUCCACAUUCAGACCUGCAAAUUGGUUUGGAAAACCAAAGACUGCUAGUUCACUUGCCUGUGCUAGGAGAGGUUGGGUGAAUGUGGAUGUUGAUAAAAUUCAAUGCGAGUCUUGUGGUGCAAACUUGAAAUAUAAUGCACCAGAUUCCAUUUCUACCCCUUGUGAUGAAGAUUUUAGCAAUCAACUUGAUGAAGGACACAAUGUCACUUGUCCAUGGAGAGGAAAUAGCUGUUCUGAAAGCUUAGUCCAAUUCCCUCCUACCCCUCCAUCAGCUUUAGUAGGAGGUUACAAAGACCGCUGUGAUGGACUCCUUCAAUUUCCAUUUCUACCCCUUGUGGCCACUUCAGCACUUGACCAAAUGAAGGUUUCAAGAGGUCCAGAAAUCGAUCGGUUUCUUCUUCAAUCUGAUAUGGAAAACACCAAAGACGUUUUAUGCAUAUAUUCACGUGCACAGAAGUUGAUAAGCCUUUGUGGGUGGGAGCCAAGGUGGCUUCCAAAUGUACAAGACUGUGAAGAACAUUCUGCUCAAUCAGCUAAAAAUGGUGCUUCUUUUAAUCCUAAUAAACAUCAUAACCCUAACAAGAAAACAAUAUCUGAAGAUUCUUCAAAGAAGGAAACUAGAUCCCCCUUAUUGGAUUGCAGCUUAUGUGGGGCCACAGUAAGAAUCUUGGACUUCAUUCAUGUAAAUCGUCCUUCCCGUUUUGCCCCUAACAACAUCGAUGUCCCUGAAGCAAGUAAAAAGAUUGUAAUCACACGUGGAAUAAGUGCAGCAAGUGGAAUCAGUGGAUGGGUUGAAGCUGAACAACAAACAGAAGACAUUGAUGAAGCUGCAACUACAGGAAUGGAUUUAAAUCUUACAAUGGGAAGUGGAUUAUCUCAAAAAAGACCCUUAUCAGACUUAUACCAAGACCCAAAUCUCGGGCAGGCUGCGGGCAGCGAGGUUGGGGGUCGGGCAGCUUCGUAUGAAUCCCGGGGUCCAAACAAAAGAAAUGUAGAUGAAGGUGGGAGUACAGUGGAUAGGCCACAGGGGAUUAUUCCCCAUACAGAUAGCAUUGAAGGUGUUGUCAUUGAUCGUGAUGCUGAUGAAGUCAACGAUAGUAAACGGGCACGUGGGUCCGGGUCUUACAAACGGGACUACUCAUCUGGUGCGGGUCCCAGCCGGGUUUCGUAUUUUGAUAUUGACAGAAAUGCCCUUCCUCCUUCCAAUAAAGAUUCAGCAAGAGCUUCAUCUGUUAUAGCAAUGGACACUUUUUGUCAUAGUGAUGAUGAUAAUGACUCAAUGGAGAGUGUUGAAAAUCAUCCUGGAUAUGUAGGAGGAGAUGAGGUUAAUUACCCUUCGGUGUCCGGUGUUAAAAGCCCGGAUAACCAGGGGCAAAAUAGUACAAACGAUGAAGAGGUUUUGAACCAUGGAAAAGACGGUUUUACCCUUGCGAUUAGUGGAGGAGGGAGUGUGGGAAUGGGUGCGAGUCAUGAAGCUGAGAUUCAGGGGUCGGAUGGUUUGAUUCAUAGAAGUGGAAGUGUUGUUGGUGAUAUAGAAGUGGUUACUGGUGUGACUGAGAACCAAGGGCAAACUGGUAAUUUUGUCACUGAGAGUCAAGAAGAUAGUGAUGUGAAUCUUUCUCAUCCUUCUCUUUCGUGUAAUGCGGUUGUUUGUUCUGGAUUUGAAGCUUCUAGAGAUGAAGUGAUGCAGGUGGGAAAAUCGUCUCCUAAUGAUGAAUUUGGAUUCCCAAAUUACCCUCCUGCAAAUGGGCUAGGGCCUCCAAAUGGGGAAAGCAACUUUGAAGAAGCAGUGGAGUUUGAUCCAAUUAAGCAUCAUAAUUUCUUCUGUCCUUGGGUUAAUGGAAAUGUUGCUGCAGCUGGGGUCGAGGUGGGGGUGGGACCCACCUCCACCUCAAGUGGUGCUGGUGGUGGUUGUGGGUGGCAGUUGACUUUAGAUGCUUUGGAUGGGUUUCAAGGGCCUGAACCCAAUCAGACCCUUGAAUCUGAAUCAGCUGCUUCUCUUUACAAGGAUGAUCAUCAAGUUUCUGGUAGAAAACUCAAGGCGCGACAUUCCUUUAACAAAAGCCAUGGUCACUAAUUUUCUAUCAACUUUCGUUACAGACUUAUGGAGUUAUAUGUUUUCGACCAUUUUAGUUGAUGUGGUAUUAAUUAUAUAUAUUUUUUUCUUCCUUUCUUUCUUGUGGUGAUAACUGAUAAUAAUAUGUUCUAAAUCCAUGUGGAAGGGAUUCUUUGUGAUUUAUAGAUAUAUAAAAGUGGGCUCUGUUUUAGGUAGGAUA